ACUGCAGACCAGCAGAUGAGGCAGUGUCAGUUCGUUUGGGAAAGCAACUGGCAAAUCAUUAACUCCAUUCUACAUACAGGAUUAAAUAAAACCCCCUCAAUUGCUGGCACUGUUUUCUUGUGGCAUUUGGAAAGAAGACCCCAAGUAGUCAUGAAGCUCAUUUUUGGGAUUCUACUUGUUGGUCUGUGGACUCUGAAAGCAUCCGAAUCUGCACGACCACGGAGGGACGUGAAGGAGGGUGAUCUUGACAUCUACAGCUUCAAUGUGGACUGCAAAGUCACGUCUCGAUAUGCGUACACUGUGAUGGUCAGCCGAGUAGCGAACCGAGCCACUGUGUCCAAAGAAGUCACCUUCGAUGUGGAGCUUCCUAAAAGCGCCUUCAUCAGCAACUUCAGCAUGACAAUGGAAGGAAAGACGUAUGUGGGAGUGGUAAAGAAGAAGGAGGAAGCCAAGCAGCAGUAUGACCGAGCUGUGGCGCGAGGAGAAAGUGCUGGCCUUGUCAGGGUCUCUGGGAGGAAGCUGGAGGAGUUUAAAGUGUCUGUGACCGUUGCUGCACACAGCAAAGUAACAUUUGAGCUCACCUAUGAAGAGCUGCUGAAACGCAAUUUAGGAAACUAUGACAUUGUCAUAAAAGUCAGUCCCCAACAACUGGUGAAAAACUUCAAGAUUGAUGUAGACAUCUCAGAGUCCCAGGGAAUCAGCUUUUUGGAUGUUCAGGGGAAGUUCCUAACCCAGGAGUUAAAUAAUGCCAUUCAGAAGACGGUCACUGAAGACAAGGCUCAUAUUUCAUUUGCUCCAACUAUCGAUCAACAACGAAAAUGUCCAGAAUGUCAAGAGUCUAUUUUAGAUGGAGAAUUUAUAAUUAAAUAUGAUGUGAAAAGAGAGACAUCAAUCGGCAAUAUUCAGAUUGUAAAUGGCUACUUUGUUCACUAUUUUGCACCAAUCCAUAUGCCGAGGAUCCCAAAGAAUGUGGUGUUUGUCAUUGAUCGAAGUGGUUCCAUGUAUGGCAGGAAGAUAAAACAGACACGAGAGGCGCUGCUAAAAAUCCUGCAAGAUGUUAACGAGCAGGACAGUUUUGGUCUCAUCACAUUUGAUCACUCAAUUACUCCGUGGAAAUAUAAGUUGGUUAAAGCUACUCCGACGAUGAUAGCAGAAGCCAAAGAAUUUGUAAAAACCAUCAGAGACAGUGGAGCAACGAAUAUCAACGAUGCAGUUCUGGAAGGCAUACAGAUGCUGAGAAUUGCCAAGGAGGAGAGACAGGUGCCAAAAAGAAGCUUGUCCAUCAUCAUCUUGUUGACCGAUGGAGAUCCCACCUCUGGCAUCACCGACCUUAAACAAAUCCAAUCAAAUGUAAAGGAAGCCAUCAAAGAACAAUUCACACUCUACUGUCUUGGUUUUGGCUUCGAUGUAAAUUAUAACUUCCUGGAAAAAAUGGCCUUGGAGAAUGGAGGAGUCGCCCGGCGAAUAUAUGAAGAUUCUGAUUCUGCCUUGCAACUCCAGAACUUUUACGAAGAAGUGGCCAGCCCUUUGCUCACGGAUGUGGAGUUGCAGUAUCUUGAUAAUGAAGUUAACAGUGUAACACAAUCCAAGUUCAAAUUUUUUUACAAUGGAUCAGAAAUUAUAGUGGCUGGACAAAUCACUGAUAAUAAUCUGGAUUUUCUGACAACUGACAUCAAAGCUGAGUCUGUGGAGAGCGCUUUGAUUAUAACCACCAAAUCCCCCAUUGCCAACAAGGAUACAAUCAGCGAAAAGCAGGAGUACAUUUUUGGAGAUUACAUUGAACGUCUGUGGGCCUACCUGACCAUUCAGCAAAAACUCUCAAAAGCAGUCACUGCCAGCAAGGAAGAUAAGAAAACACUUGAGGAAGAAGCCCUAAAACUUUCCCUUUCAUACAACUUUGUGACUCCACUGACCUCAAUGGUGGUGACAAAGCCCGAAGAUGAAAGAAGAAAUCAAAGUUUGGUGGCUGACAAACCUCAGGAGGGAGAGGCUCAUGAAGACGAACGUGAUUUUUCCUCUCACCGAAUUGUUGGCAGUCAUCGAACUUCGGGUUUACCUAUGGGUCUCCCAGGUCUAAGUGGCCCUUCAGGACAUGUACCUUCAAGAUCAAACGUUCACAGUUAUGGAGCUAAAGUACUGCUAAAGACACGUAAUAGAAGGCCGCUAAACUCACCUAUUAAAAUGCUGCAAAACUCACUAAUCCCAAGACCAACUUUCAGAACAGCAUACUUGUUACCACGGCCAACGUUCGAAUCAGAAGACUCGUUAAUACGGCCAACGUUCGAAUCAGAAGACUCGUUAAUACGGCCAACGUUCGAAUCAGCAUACUUGUUACCACGGCCAACGUUCUCAUCAGCAGACUUGUUACCACGGCCAACGUUCUCAUCAGUACGUGUGAAAACACAAGAUCCCAAAUUCAUAAUUCCAGUAGGAACCAAGAUGCAUUCACUGUGUUUUAAAGUUUCUGUGUCUGCUGGCACCAUUUUGCAGUUGGUUCAUGAUCCAGACUCAGGUAUUACAAUUAAUGGCAAGACGGAUGACGCAGGGAAAAUUAUGUUCCAGGCAUUUUCCAUUAGGUACAAAGAUCAGUACAAAGUCACAGUGGGGUUAGAGAACAUUACUUUACACACUGCAAAAGAUUCAUCUGAUCGAAGCUGGUCAUGGCAGAGUGUACUGCAUUCAUCAGAUAAGAUUACUUUGGCAUUGAUGAAAAAAAAUGUGCUGCAGAUUAUUUUGGACAAUCAAGUCAUUAAAAUUGUGUUACACAAAUCUCCUGGAAAGUUUCUGUGGCUCAACGUUCUGCUUGAUAACAUAUCAAGCAGCUCAUCAGGACUGUUGGGUCAGUUUGCCAAAGGAGUAUCAUAUGUAAAGAAAAUGGUCUCACUAAACAACCCCUCACGCAUUGAGCUUCAAGGACGUGAUCUGCAAGUGAUCAGUAAACUGGAAACUGAUUAUGGCAUCUCCUCAAAAACAAAGGUCAGAUGCUUUGUGGUCGAUAAUAAUGGUGAUGGUUUAAUUAAUGGCCCACUCUCCAGCUACAUAAUGACAGACUUGUUUGAAGAGCCCUGAGCACUCUCUUUGUCUGCUGAACGAUAAAUGAAAUCUCUUCUUCUGUUUAUUUGCCAUGCUGUUCAUUUUUUCUUAACACCUACUGAUAUAAGAAGUAUGCUUCUUAAAUAUAGAGAAUGUUUUGUUUAAUCCACAAUAAAAUGGCUGCCACAUUGUAUAAAGUGACAUAUCCAUUAAAUGAGAAAUUAAAAGUGCUAUGUAAUGUAUUCAAUAGGGUUAAAAUAAAAUGUGUAUGUAUUUGUCCCUAAACAUUGCAUAAAAUCAAUAAAAAGAUGCAACCAAUUAGUAUUUUCAACUUUAAA